GUCAGACUUGCUUCCAGUAUGGAGCGCGAUGAACAAGGGAUAUUUGCAGCCGAAAGAUUGCUUAAGAAACGUUUCAGAAAGGUAAGUUGACGACGUUUAGCAAGAAUUUCAUUAUUCCACGUUGAAUAUAACGUUGAAAUUUUGUGUUUCAGGGACGGCGCGAGUAUUUAGUGAAAUGGCUAGGAUAUCCAAGCAAGUAUGUAAAUGUUUAAAUACAUAAAUCAUAAUAUACAGCUUAGCUACGUACAAUAUUACGAGAACUUUGUAAUGUUUUAUUGAACUGUAUCAUCGAUAAAUCUAUUUUAGAUUCAAUACUUGGGAACCAGAGAACAAUAUUUUGGACGAACGAUUAUUCAAGAAUUUUCAAAUGCGGUAAGAUGUUGUUGCGAAAUAUAACGACGUAAACAUUUAAUAAUGAUAUAUACCGCGGGUGGUCAGCAAUUUUGUUAUUAGGUCAAAAUCAUUAUUCUCGAAGGUUUCACAAAAACAAUGUCUGUAUUACACCAAUUUCCGUUCCUUAUUUGACAAAUUUUCCCGUUUUAGACGAAAGCAAAAGAUAGCAUCUAGACGAACCGACGAAUGUGAAGCAACGAGAAAUUUCACCGACGAAGACGACAAGGUUAGAAGGCAAAUAUAUUCAUAUCUGCGAAACACAAAGACGAUAUCCGCACACUACUAGAACAUCGAGUUUCUACAUAACAAAUUUCACGAGUUUUAUCAGAAUUUCCAAUAUACUGUGCAUUUGGCUAUAUUUGUUUAGUUUCCUAGCUCUCAGUUUUCAUUUUAACUAAAACUGUUUUUCAUUCACAUUGUUUUUUAUUCAUUUAAUCAUUUUCGAUAUUUUUUACAGUGCUUUACAGUUACGGUGCUUCUCUGUUCCUUUAGUAACGAGAAUAGAAUUUUAUCCCACUCAGCAUUAUGCCGCACUAAACAUCUCACUUGUUUUGCCAACAACAGCAUUUUUCCAAUCCCUCGUCCAUUGAGAGCUUAUCAUUCGACUUUUGCUCUUAUUUUAUACACAACUCCGUCAACGGAUCAUUACUUAAAACCCUCGCAUUUCCUUUUAAAACCUUUUUAGGAACAAAAUUUGAAGAGAAAGCAAAAUUCUCAUGAUGGAAAGGAAGAGAUUCUCCAAGAAGAAUGCAGUGUCGUAGGCGAGGGGUGUAUUACACCAUACCAACGCAAUAAAGAGCUGGUUAUUAACCCAAAUCAGGAUUCCUUUGUGCAAGCCGACACGGAACAUGAUAAGAGAUAUUCACACAAAGAGACAACAACAGAAACAGUGGAAAAUAAUUCAAUUAGAAACACAACGACGGAACAGAAAGCGCUCACGUGUUUCACAAUUGAUGCAAUUCUUAACAAAACAGAUGAUAAAAACGACGAUGAUUCAGCUGUUUUUGCGACGAACAAGAAGCCAAUCAAGCAACGUGGUGAGCUUAAAACUCGCAUCAAAAGAGAAAUUUUGAACGAUGAUACAGAACGGUUGCACAAAAUUCGUUAUUCUUCAUUGGGGACAAGUUCUACAUCAAGUUGCGAAGAAAACCAAGAGCCUCCAACAAGGAAACACAGCUCACCAGCCUCAGGUAUCUUCCUUGAUAAUGAUGUGAACAGUUCUAUAAUACCAACAAGCCAUUUCCUGUGGAUGUCACCACUAACAACUCCAUUCUGCCCACUAUAUCCUCUUCCUUUUGGGAAUGUACCACCUUCAACUGGUUUUUGCAAUGUAUCACCCACAAGUAUAACAGGUUUGUCCUGUUGUCCAUCACCACACAGAAACCCCCCACUUGGGUACUUCAUGUUUGAUCACAAUAAAAGUGAGCUCAAACCAAGAGCCUGGGAGUGGAGAUGAACGUUGUUGCUGAUCUCUAACCUACCACUGGACAGUGCAUCUGUAUGAAACCAGUGCUGGUCAUAUUACCAGAAAUCUACUCUGGUGUUGCUCCUGGCAAAAAAAACAAGGGGCUUGUUUUUGUGCACCUACUAUACCAAGAGUCAAUGACAAUUUUUGUGCAACCAAAACAAAAAAAAGUUGGUUUCAAGUUUCCAGCUGACCUGUUAAAAAUGUGACCAUUCAUAAACGUUAUUGCAACGAUUAACCUUUUCUUUUUAAAAUAUGGUUCUUAAUCUGUCUGUCUUAAUCAUGUCUGGUCGUGUUCAAGAUGGUUUAAACUUCAAUCUAUGUGUUGGUCGACACAUUUGUCCAUAUGUUUGUACCAGUAGGACUUAUUUAUUAGAGAAUAUUAUUUAUAAAAUAAAAUGUUUUUGAUCUACACUAUGGCCAAAUAAAAAAAAACUGGUUAGCGUCACCGCCCACACCUCGAUUUCUGCCGUCUCUGAAGUUUUUUAUGUAAAUCUCUUUGUUUUACAGCUUUAAACAGUUUAAUAUUUGAAAUUUCUCUCAUGCUCACACCUAUGCACUAUAUACUGAUCGAUAGGAGCGUUUCUUAUAUCAAAAUGGCAGCCUUCUCAACAUCAGUGGUGGAAAAACCGCCCCCAUCCCCCCAAAAAAUACUAUUAAAAAAUUUUAAAAACAAGUAAAAUUUUUUUUAAAAAACGCCCUCCUGCCUCUGAAAAUUUGUGAGAGUGUGACGCUAACCAAGUAUUUUUUUAUUUGGCCCAACAUAAACAAUGCUAUAAAACAUAUGAAACCAACAUUUUAUUUUUUGCCUUAAAAAUCAUACGAGUUGAUAAAGCUACCAAGCAUGUGGCAACCAAGGAGAAUUUUACCAUGGGAAAAAGCCAGAUAUCAACAUUAGUUAUCAUGAUAUACAAAUUUAUAUUGUUAAAAAGAAAUGUUUAUAAAUAUUUUCCAACUUAAAUGAACAAAACAUUUUACAAGAUGUAAUCUUGACAUUGUAAACCAAAGGAAUUCAACUUGCUGUCUGCUAUUGGCAAAAUAUUUGCUAAUACAUUGAAAGAUUUAGUACUGAAGAGAAUAUAUUUGGUUGAAUCAUGUAUAAAUGUUUUACUUCACAUAUAUAUAAAUUUAUACAAUAAUCUGAGUUCAUUCUGCCUUUUCAUUGGUCAAGAGUAGUGGAAAGGCAGAACUGGUAUUGGAAGUAUCACAAACAAAGGGCUUGUUCACAGUUAGGCAUUCUCUAUCUCUGAUAGCUUGUUGACAAGGUUGUGGAGCACAACAGACCUGUUACAAGUUGUUCCAACAACAUGCCGUCAAUAUCCUGCAAUUCAACAAUUUGUGUAAACAGUAGAUGCUAGCAUUGUUCCAACUUGUUGCUUUGUAGCAAGUUGCAAACACAUCUUGUGACAAGUUGUCAGAUUUUUGCCUGUGUAGAUGGGAUCUGAACUGCACUUCACCAUACAGCUGUACGGCCGUGUGACCAGAUUUUCUCUGCAGACUACGUCAUUACCAAAAUUUUGUUCAAAUUUUACUAAAUUAAGAAAAUUUUACCAAAUGUCGGCUUCCCAAGUAAUUACGUCAUAAUAAUAAAAACAAUAGUUACGUCAUCAAAGUACAAGAAAUAUGCACAAAAAGGUAUCUCAAAAUACUUGUUGCUUUCAUCCGUUGCAGUUUUUGCUAAUGAUAAGGCUUUAUUUCUUAGGCUUGGCAGUUCUGUUCAUCACUUUGAGCACAUUAUUAAUCAAGAAACACUCAUUUUUACCAAAAUGAUUAUCAAAAGAUUUUACCAAAAAAUAUUGUACAGUACCAAAAAAAACUUAUUACCAAAUUUUCUUGAAAAUUCACAAAAUUUUGCAAAAAGUAAAACUUUUUACCAAAUCUGGUCACACUGACUGUGUAUAUAUUGUAUCUGGGCCCGUUGGGAUGACCAUGUCGUUUAAACAUGGUUUAUAUAUCCACAGAAUCCACUGGCUGUAAAUAUUAAAACCAGACAAUGUAUUUUAUACAUAUAAACAUACCACACUAACAGGGGAGAAGCUGGCUAACAACAGGUCAUGCUAUGCAAAUUUUUAAUCAUUCAUUAUUCAAAUAUUUAGAAACGCUUUGUCUUUAAAUUAUUGAAAUGCAGGAUGAUUUGCAUAGCAUGACCGUUGGCGUGGUUUGAUCGCGCUUCAUCAUUCUAC